GAAAACGCUGGUCCGUUAAACUUUAUUGAUUUUACUCUUUUAACGUUGUACGCAAAAUUGAAAAUUUUCUGCUAAAUAGUUAUUUCUGUCUGUUCUAUUUCAGAUAUGGGAGAAGAAGUUAUGUCAAUUCCAGUGCCAAUGGAGACAGGAGCAAAUUCCGAAGCUUGGAAAAAAGCGAAUGAAGCAUUAAUGAAGAUUCAAGGUGGAAUGUCGAAAGGACUGAAUGCAUCGAAUGGUAACAACAAUACAGGUCAGAACUCUUGGAUGAACAACUCGUUUUCGUUCCCAAAUCCCCCAUCCGCUUACGGUCAAUUCGGUGGUGGUUUUCAUCCAUCCACGUGGGGCAGCGGACCGAUUGUCCCACCACCACCACCACAACAGUCGGCGGUGAAUGCAACUGCUCAAGCAGCUUAUAACCAAGCAUCUUUUAAUUAUGCACCACCACCACCACCACAGAAUUGGAAUAACGGGUACGGAAGAGGGCGUGGCGGAGGAGCCAACAACUGGAAUCAGCAACAGAGACCUCAGCAGUUUCAGCCAUUUGCCUUGAACAGAAAGAAUAAUUCGUCCGCAUUUCCGCAUCUAACUAGCACGUUCGUACCGCAGGGCGGAGGUCCACAGCCAUUGAUGGGAGUUGGUAGAGGACGCGGUGUUCCAGCUCCAGGACCAGCCAAGCCACCACCUCCAUCAGCCCAACGGUACAUGGAACGUGCUUUCGAGGCGGCGAACACUGUCGAAGAUCGUCAAAAAACUCAAGAAUACCUUCAGAAGAGACUUUUCCCUAUGUUGAACGCAGGCAAUGCUCACAUGGUCAACUGGGACAAUGAACCGUUGCCCCACGAGAAAAAUUAUGAGCUAGCUCCAGCGUGGACGCCAGCUAAUAAGCUUCCACAUCAGGCUAAUGGAUUUAAUAGAAAAAAGUCGCCAUCGCGACGGCGUAGUGAUGAAAUGUCUAACAGCGGUGCCGCUGGUGGUGGAGGACAAAUGAAACGGGCUCGUCGGGAUAGUGAUGGGGCAUCUUCUGAUUCUGACAAUAGCGAUCCCCUUGAGAAAAUGCACUUUUCUUCUAUGAAUCAGAAAAAGACAAAGGCUCAGAAAAAGGCUGAAAAGGCAGCGAGAAAGGCGGCUAAGAAACUGCAGAAACAACAAACUCCGCAAAAAGUCAAGAAUGCUUGGAAGGUAGCUGGAGGGGAUACUGAGGCUCGGAGGGAAGAUCGUGCUCGUCGUUUUGCCGAAACUUUGUACAAUGUUUCGAAGCCAUCUGUGAGUGUGCCUCAGCACUAUUUCAGACGAGGACAAGUGAUUCGUGGAACUUGCCAGAAUAUUGAGAAAUCCUUCUUCAGAUUGACAGCUGCUCCAAAUCCAUCGGAGGUUCGGCCACUGGAAGUUUUGCGCCUUUCUCUUCAAAAUGUACGUGACAAAUAUCGUGCGAGAGCAGAGUAUUCCUAUCUGACAAGUCAAAUGAGAUCGAUUCGCCAAGACUUGACGGUUCAAGUGAUUCGCAACGAGUUUACAGUCGAAGUCUAUGAAAUAAAUGCUAGAAUUUCGCUUGAAAACGCGGAUCGAGAAGAGUUUAACAAGUGCCAGUCGCAGUUGAAACUUCUCUACUCGGAAAUUGAGAAUUGCGCGAAUCAGGCAGAGUUUGUAGCUUAUCGUCUGUUGUACUACAUUGCUAUGGACAAUCAAAUUGAUAUCAACGCGCUGCUCCGUGAGCUAACGCCGGAAUUGAAGGAGAAUGACUGUGUUGAAUUUGCAUUGAAUGUUCGAAAAGCUGUGACUAUGAAUAAUUAUGUCAAGUUCUUCAGGCUUUUUAAGAAUGCUCCACGAAUGUGCCCGUACAUAAUGGAUUUAUUUGUUGAUCGAGAGAGAAAGAAGGCACUCGGAAUUAUCACAAAAGCUUUCCGACCAACAAUCACGUACAAAUUGAUUGCGGAGUUUCUGAGUAUGAAGGAGUCGACACUUAUUGAUUGGCUCGAGGAGGAACUGAAAUGGACUGAUGUCGAAGUUGGAGGAACAUUUGAUCCAAAAAUCCCAAGAAACAUUUGAAUAAUUUUUUGUUUUAACAAUUUCAUCCCAUUCUCAAUCCCCUCGUCCCGAUCCUUGUGUGAUACUUCUUCGGUAGCCAACUAACUGUUGAUAUCCACUUUUUUAAUUGUGUUGCUGGUAAAAUGUUUAAAAAUGCAAAAUUAGAAUAGAGCUCUAUAACAUUUAUUUGUUUUUGUAACCGUAAAAUAUGUUUUCCAUUGUUGAAACUGAGAUUUUCAGGCAGUCAUGCGUGUUAAGAAUAAAAAUGUAAAAUAGUAA